AUGGCAACAUACGCAGUCCUGGGAUCAACAGGAACAGUCGGCGGCAGUGUGAUUGAGGAACUUCUGAAGUCGCCUGCUCGACAUAUCUAUGCCUACGCAAGAUCGACGAAGAAACUCUUCACCCUCCACCCUGACUGGGAGAAGUCACCGAACCUCGACGCCUACGAAGGUACACUGCAAGAUAUCGAAACCUUGGCCGACUGCAUCUCAGGCACCAAAGCAGUCUUCAUGUGCGCAGCAACGGCAGAAAACCAACCAGGAUGCGAUGUUGCACGACAGCAAGCGAAAAGCGUCGUCAAAGCACUAGACGAGCUUCGCAUUCGAGAGCCACAGGCACAACUACCGCAGCUCGUUGUCCUGUCCUCUUCAACUCUGGAACCACAUCUCACGAGGGACCUGCCAGCUCUCUUCCAUUGGCUUCUCGUCCGUGCCGGAUCUCACAUCUACGCUGAUCUUGAGCUUGCGGAGCAGUUCCUUCGGUCCAGGGACGACAUCAAGCAGGUCUACAUCAAGCCUGGUGGGCUAGUGCAAGAUAUACCGCAUGGUCAUCAACUGAGUACCGAGCGGCAGCAGACGUUUCUCAGUUUCGUCGAUCUCGCCGCAGGCAUGGUGGAGGUGGCUGAAGCUGGUGAUCAGUACGAUCUGAAGAACAUCAGCGUCAUACCGGCAACAGAGGGGACGAGGAUUGAGUGGGGAGUGCCUUACUACUUGUUCAAAGGACUCUUGAUCCAUUGGCUGCCUGGCCUCUAUCCGUAUAUCUCCAACUGGUUGCCGUAG